AUGAACGUGAAAACUGUGCUCAUCCUGCUGGUUCUGGCCUUGGCCACGAUCUUUGCUUUAGUCUGUGUGCUGCUGACCAGAGGGAAGGGCCCCAGCACCUGCCAGCACCAGCCCCCGGAGCAGGAGGACACCGAUGGUGGCCAGAGCCUGGUCUUUGCGGAUCUGAGCCCCGAGGAGAUGGUGCAAGUGGUGCAGUACCUGCAGGGAAACCUCGGGGUGCAGCUGGUUGAUGCCUCGAGGGCCAAGCCCUCCGACAACUGCAUUGCCUCCAUCGACGUGCAGGUCCCUGCCAAGGCAGAGGUGCUGCGGUUCCUGGAUGGGGGGGGGGCUCGCCCCCCCCGGGAGGCCCUGGCUGUGCUCUACUUUGGGAACCAGCCAGAGCCCAACGUCACCGAGUACGUGGUGGGCCCACUGCCCAUGCCAGCCUACCACCGGGAUGUGACGGUGCGGAGGUACGGGGGGCCGCUGCCGUACCACCGCAGACCUGUCACCGGCAGGGAGUACGCAGACAUCAACGCCCUCAUCCGGCAGGAGCUGAGGAAGGCUCCGCGCUUCCUUGCUGCUUGCUGUCAGUCUGAUGGCACCGACUUGGCCAUCCUCACUACGGCCCCGCGGGGCUUCCAGUCUGGUGACCGUGCCACCUGGUUUGUGCUCUUCCAGAACACGCCUGGCACUGGCUACUACCUGUCACCAGUGGGGCUGGAGGUGCUGGUGGAGCACAGGGACCUCCGUGUCUCCCACUGGCAGCUGCGCCAAGUCUUCUACAAUGGCCAGUACCUGGCCAGCACACAGGACCUGGAGGAUGCUUUUGUGACUGGCACGCUGGAGGUCAUCAGGCUGGAGAAGCCCCAGCCUGAAGCGGUGCUGGGCUCCAUGAGACCCCGGCAAGAACCAGCGUCGCCUGGUCCCCUGCACUACGAGCCUCGGGGUCCCCGCUACAGUGUGAAGCACAACCGCGUCACCUUCCAGGGCUGGAGCGUGACCUUCGGCAUGAACCCAAACUCCGGCCCACGCCUCUUUGACAUCAGGUACCGUGGGAAGAGGAUCAUCUAUGAGCUGAGUCUCCAGGAAGCCUUAGCCCUGUAUGGCUCCAACUGCCCCGGGGGCAUGUCAACCAGGUACCUUGACGGCAGCUUCGGCAUCGGCCGCUUCGCCUACGAGCUCGUCCGGGGCCUCGACUGUCCCUACACAGCCACCUACGUGGACCAACACUACCUGGUGGAGUCAGAGACCCCCAAAACCAACCAAAACUCCCUGUGCAUUUUUGAGCACGAUGCUGCCAUCCCCCUGCGGCGCCACUUCUCUGACUCGCAGUCGCUGUACUUCGGCGGGCUGCGGCGGGGCGUGCUGGUGAUCCGCACCAUCUCCACCCUCAUCAACUACGACUACAUCUGGGACUUCAUGUUCCACAGCAGCGGCGCUGUGGAGGUCCGGGUGCAUGCCACUGGCUACAUCAGCUCCUCCUUCCUGCACGGCCGAGGCACCGACUACGGAAACAGAGUCGGGCCCCACACACUGGGGACGAUGCACCUCCACCACAUCCACUACAAGGUGGACCUGGACGUGGAUGGGCAGCUGAACUCCCUGGAGACCCAGGAUAUGGAGUAUGAGCUUGUGCAGGAUCCCUGGAGCAAGCAGAGCACCCUGGAGCGGCCAUACCUCCGCAGGGCCAGGCUGCAGACGGAGGAGGAGGCGGCGUUUCCGCUCAACGCGCCCUUGCCUCGCUACCUCUGCUUUGCCAGCCCCAACCCCAACCGCUGGGGCCAUCCGCGCAGCUACCGCAUCCAGAUCACCAGCUCGGCCGGGGAGCACCUGCCCAUCAGCAGCCCCAUGGAGAGGGCCAUCAGCUGGGGCAGGUACCAGCUGGCUGUGACCCGGCGAAAGGAGGAGGAGCCCUCCAGCACCAGCAUCUACAACCAGAAUGACCCCUGGACACCCACUGUGGCCUUCGCUGACUUCGUCAACAAUGAGACCAUCACCAAUGAGGACUUGGUCGCCUGGAUCUCUGUGGGGUUUCUGCAUGUCCCCCAUGCUGAAGAUGUCCCCAACACAGUGACCGUGGGCAACAGCGUUGGCUUCCUCCUGAGGCCCUACAACUACUUCGAUGAAGACCCCUCGGUGGACUCACCCGAUGGGGUCUACUUCAGUGGCGAGCAGGACUCUGGGGUGUGUGGGACCAACCCCCUCUCCUGCUUGUCCAUCACUGCUGCCUGUGUCCCCCAGCUGCCCCCAUUCCACUACAGAGGCUUUCUGAACCUCACCCUGGCACCGCUGCCAGGUGGGCUCUGACCAGGCUGGGGCCACUGCUGCCCUGUCCCCACUGGUGCAGACAGUCUGCGUCCAGCCACUGGCUGCAUCCUGAGAGGGCCCUGCUCCUGCAGCAGGUCCUGCUCUGCCUACAGCUGGGGUGUCUGGUGCUCAGAGUCAGGUCUCUGACGGGGCUCAGCUCUCAUUUCAGCACCAUGAUACUACCAAGAAGGACUCAAAUCCUCUGGAAAACAGCCCCUAGGAAAGAGUUUUGGAAACUCCAUCCAGGAUGCCACCCAAACUGCUGUGGGGUGCCCAUGGCUGCUCUCCUGCUCUGGAACCAUGGCUCCUGCCACUUCCCCAAGGUAGGUUGGUGCACCCAGGGUCUUGGUGCUGCCACUGCCAAAGUCAAUGCCAAGGUUUUGCCAA